AUGUCAAAGCAGCUGUCGAGCGCCAUUGCGCGCCAUGUCCUGCCCUUCACAAGGCGCGCCAACAACGUUGCCAUGCCGCUCAUCAGCCGCAUGAACAAGCAUCAGCAGGCCUCCCUCCAAUCUGACGACUUUAUCAAGGUACCAGAGCAGGUCGUGGCAAAGAACAGCAUCUCCCCAGCAACAACGACAGCAACCACCAACAACAGCAGCAGCAUCGCCUCAAGAGUGACAAAGCUCCCCAACGGCGUCCGUGUAGCAACUGAGGACAGCCAGGGCCAUUUCGCUUCCCUGGGCGUCUACGUCGACGCCGGAUCCCGCUACGAGGACGAAACCACUCGAGGCGUUUCUCAUAUCCUUGACCGUCUCGCCUUCAAGUCGACCAAGAACAGGACCAGCGAGGCCAUGAUGAAUGAUCUGGAAGCUGCUGGUGGCAAUGUGAUGUGUUCUUCCUCGCGUGAAUCCAUCAUGUACCAGUCUGCACUCUUGCCGCAGGAUUUGCCCCAGAUGUUAGCGAUUAUGGCGGACACAAUCCGGAACCCGGCGGUGACGGAGGAGGAGUUGGAGGAGCAGAAGGUGUCGGCAGGGCAUGAGAUUCAGGAGUAUUGGUCAAAGCCGGAAAUGAUCUUGCCCGAGUUGUUGCAUACGGUGGCGUAUAAGGAUAAUACGCUGGGCAACCCGUUGCUGUGUCCCGUGGAGAACUUGGAGACGAUGACGACGGAGAAUAUUAAGAAGUAUAUUAGUACCUGGUACCGACCUGACCGGAUUGUCGUCUCGGCUGUGGGCGCUGACCAUGACAAGGUUGUGGACCUUACCCGCAAGUACUUUGGCGACAUGAAGUCUUUGGUACCAGCAACAGGAUCAGGAUCGGGAUCGGAGGAGGCUUCUGGAUCGGACUCUGCCAGUAAGGGAGGCAUUUUCAAAUCCCUCUUCGGAAAGAACGCAUCUUCGUCGUCAUCAUCUGGGAUCCUCAAACCAGAUUUCAACACGCUCAGCCGACAGCCCGCCAAGUACACUGGAGGCACUUUGUUGAUCGAGGACGAUACCCAACCCUUCACGCACCUCUUUGUCGGUUUUGAGGGCCUUUCGAUCCACGACGACGAUAUCUAUGCACUGGCGACGUUGCAGUUGCUGAUGGGCGGUGGAUCUUCCUUCUCGGCCGGUGGACCAGGAAAGGGCAUGUACUCGCGUCUGUUCAGCAAUGUCCUCAACCACUAUAACUGGAUCGAGUCGUGCAUGUCCUUCAACCACUGCUAUUCCGAUUCGGGACUCUUUGGGAUCUCUGGAUCGUGCUAUCCUGGUUACGAGACCAUGCUGUUGGAAGUCAUUGUGCGGGAACUGGAAUUGACCACCCGGACUGGGAAGGGCGGGAUCGCGCAGGUGGAGUUGGACCGUGCCAAGAACCAGUUGCGGUCGUCCGUGUUGAUGAACCUCGAGUCCAAGAUGGUUCAACUCGAAGACCUUGGUCGUCAAGUCCAGGUCCAUGGGGCCAAGGUCCCUGUGGAGGAGCUGUGUGCCAAGAUUGAGAAGGUGACAAAACAGGAUAUGGUUCGCGUUGCGCGUAGGGUCUUUGGUGGACAGGUGUCGUCCUUGACGGGUGGAUCUGGGGAGGUGACAAUUGUCGGACAGGGGUUGACCAAGAACUUGCAGGGUGCUGAGAAGGUUCUGGAUAAGUAUGGUCUUGGCAAGAAUGCCAAGUGGUAA